UCUCUCUCUCUCUCUUUCUCUCUCUCUCUCUGUCUCUCUCCGUCUUUCGUAUGGAAUCGUGUGUCUGCGCGCGCGUGUUACUGGCUCCCGGGAAGCGCUGAGAGAAGCGCCGUCGCGCUCUCUUCUAGUCAGUCCUCCUCGUCUGUUCUCGCCGUUAGUCGUGGCUUGAAGAACCGAAGCGCGUUCCGUCGUGCUCCUGCCACUGUUGGGGUGGUGGUGGUGGCGGCAGUGGUGCUGGUGGUGGUGGUGGUGGUACCGAAAGUGGGGAGGAUAAAGAGAGAGGGGUGGCAGAGCACCGGUAGACCCGCCACCAACCGAGGGAAGGUUCCAAAGGCGUCGACGUUCGGUCUUCAAGAGCCAAUCGUAACGUUCGUUCGUUUGCUGGCUCCGCCAACCGGAUUGCCUGGUACGCGCAGUGAACGCCCAUCCUCCCCGUUCGCGGUGCUCCCACUGAUGUUUUUAUUUAUUACAUCUGUGACUGGGUAGGGAAAUACUCCGGACUCGACCGAGAGAGCGUUUGCCACUUUGAGAACGAGCGACGCGCGUCCCUGCGCGAGUUACCGUAGUCGUCGUCGCCGUCGUCGUCGCCGUCGUCGUCGUCGCCGUCGUCGUCGUCGUCGUCGUCGUCGUCGCGGUGAUUUUCGUCGUCGUUGUCACCGCCGUCGUCGCCGUCGCCGUCGUCGGCGCUGGCAACCCUCGUCGUCGCGACCGCGUUUUUAACGAUCUCGAUCGAGUGUGAUCGUCGAAUUGUCUGUGAUUCUCGCGAAACGUUAUCGGCAUUGUUGUCGUCGCAGUUGUUAUCAACGUUAUCGUCGUGCUCGUUGUCGUCGUCCUCAGGACGUCCUGGACGUCUCUGUUGGAGCCAAGGACGUUGCGAUGGACGACAAAUGGACGCCAACUCGUCCUUUCGUCUAAGUGUUAACAUCGAGACUCGCCAAAGAGAUAUGAUCAAGACUUGUCGUGUUCUCGCGUAUGGUGAACCUCGUACUUUCUCUUGCGAUCGCACGGGACAAGGAUUUCUCAAGUGACAGUGAUAAGAUUUAUUGGGACGGUCGACGUUGUAUGUUACAACGACCCGGUGAUCUUAAGUCCGCGUGUUUUUCUUCGUAUGGUGAUAUACAUCUUCGCGAGCAUCUUUAUCCGUCUUCGUUCGUAAAAGCGGUUCGUUGUUGUGACUUUGACGAUAAGGCCUGCUACUGUUAAAACGACCAGAGAGGAAAGUGCCGGAGAGUACACGUAGAAGUAGAGUCGACGGAACAAGAAAACGAAACCAGCGAGAAAAUUUAGCCAUCGAUGGACCACGGAGCGAUGGACAGCUCUUCCGAACACAGCAGCCGUGCCAGUCCCGUAACCGGCAGCCCAAAACAUCCUCACAGUCCAUCAGCACAACAGAGUCAACAGCAACAGCAGCUGCACGGCUCCCAGCAUCAGUCCUCCUUACAACAAUCCCACCCACGAGAUCAGUUACGCGAACAUCAACAGCAACAGCAGCAGCAUCGAGGUGUACCGACACCAGGCUCACCGACGAGAGGAUCACCACCACAGGGUCUUCCCCUGAGUCCACCGCCUCUGUCGGCCGGGGGAGGACCCGGUGCACCUCCAGGAAUGGUACCACGAAUGCCGGGACUACCGCCACCGGGACUGGGUCUCUUGGGUCAGUUAGGUGGUAUGCUAAGCGGUCAUCAUGGAUCGCCUUUGGAAUUGAUGGCUGCUCAUCACGCUGUACUACCACCCAGAUCGUACAACAGUCCACCGCCGAUCAGUACCAGUGAUCCAACGGCGAACGAAUGCAAACUCGUCGAUUACCGUGGCCAGAAGGUCGCUGCCUUCAUCAUCGCCGGUGAUACCAUGCUCUGCUUGCCUCAGGCCUUCGAGCUCUUCCUCAAACAUCUCGUGGGUGGUUUACAUACCGUCUAUACCAAGCUAAAGAGACUAGAUAUCGUGCCGUUGGUAUGCAACGUCGAGCAGGUUAGAAUCCUACGCGGUCUCGGAGCCAUCCAACCGGGCGUCAAUCGUUGUAAACUUCUCAGCUGCAAGGACUUCGACAUUCUCUACAGGGACUGCACAACGGCCAGGUACCGGAUCGGACUUAACUCCAGGCCAGGAAGACCCCCAAAGAGAGCUUCCGUUGGUUUGAGCCUCGCAGCAAGUCACCUAGCCGCUGCUGCCGGUCAUCAUCCACAGCAUUCCUUGAAGAAGCACAGGAUGGACAACGGCGAUUACUAUGAGAACGGACAUCUAGAUGUACCAAGGAUGGAAAAGUCACCGCUUUUAGCGAACGGCUAUAAUCAUCCACCCACACACCUCAGUCACAUGCAAUUCAUGCAGUUGGGAGGACACCCAGGUGCAGGACACACAGCCAUACUCUCGCCAGCAAGUCUGCCGCAUCAUCUUCAAGCACAGGCUCAGGCUCGUGCCGAGCAAGGUCUCAAGGUUAAUCCAAAUAUGACCAACAUCGAGGCGCUCGCGAGGUCCGGGACGGUAUGGGAAAACUGCCGAGCUGCCUACGAAGACAUUGUCAAACACCUUGAAAGGCUUCGUGAAGAGAGAGGAGAUGCUGAAAGGGCUCUUGCAUUGGAUCACAAACCUAGGGAUCUUAGUUCGCACAAUGGUUCCUCGAACGGUCACAGUCCCGUGUUGAACCUCUCGAAGACAGCAGGAAGCGGCAGUGUUGGUGAGCAUUCGGGAAGCGAAGCUGGAGCGUCGCAUCGUUCUCAAGACGACGAGGAGGAGGAUGAUAAUUUAUCAGAAGACCUCGAGGAUGAAAACGAGAAGGACGAAGAUUUAUCGGACGUCCCAGAGAACCUACCACUUCCAGCACCAGGCUCGGAGAGUCCUCAGGCAUUGAACUACUCUCAGAUAGCCUCAGCAGCAGUCGCAGUGUCACAGGGUGCUCAGGACCCUUCGGUUUCGAGUACGGAGACUUUGUUAAGGAAUAUCCAGGGUUUGCUCAAGGUCGCAGCUGACAACGCGAGGCAACAGGAGAGGCAAAUCAACUAUGAGAAAGCCGAGUUGAAGAUGGACGUUCUUCGUGAAAGAGAGGUGAAGGACAGCCUAGAACGGCAGCUUCAAGACGAGCAAAAAGUUCGAGUCGUCUAUCAAAAGCGGUUGAAGAAGGAACGAAGAGCGAGAAAGCGAUUGCAGGAGCAAUUAGAUCUGGAGAUAAAGAGGCGCACGCAAUUGGAGGAGGCACUUAAAGCCACGGGAGCUUCGUCCGAGCAAGUUCGAGCGAUCACUGAAAACGUGACGACGGAAGCUCGUACAAGCACAGAACCACCGGAAGCCAGUCCAGUACACUCGCAAUCUCAGCAACAACCAUCCCAACAACAAUCCCAACAACAACCCCUUCAGCAACAACAAACAGCGGCGCAACAGUACAGAGAAGCUCAGGUUCCACGUCCGUCGCAACAACCGUCUACGCCGGAGAAGCCAGCAUGGGGAUACGGCCUGGACCUCAUCGGUAGUCAGGCUUCGGCCUUUUGGCAAAAUUACCAAGAAUCGCUGGUGCAGGAACUCGAGCUGGAGAGAAAAUCGCGGCAGCAUCAGGUGGCCGAGAGGGACCAAGUUAAGUCUCCUCUUCAAGAAUCGCGGACAGGCUAUUACAAAAACUCAGUACUGUUUACGAGUGCGACUUAGAAGAUGCAGGAAGAAACUGGACGAGGCGUAGAGCGUAUCAAUCGAAACGAUUGAGAUCAGGUCGAGGACGAAGAUAAAAGAAAGGAUAUCUGAAAGAGGACACAGGGACAAGGGGGAAGAAGAUUGUUCCGCUUACCAAUGAGUUGGAAUGAAAAAGAAUGGAAAACGAUGAAACCAGACCAUGGACGAAGAAGAUAAAGAAGAAGAAGAAAAAGAAGAAGACGAAGAAGAAGAAGAAGAAGAAAUGAGACAAGAAAAAUUGGAAAGACUCUCUCAGUGAUUUGCGCAGUGAGUGUGUUUGCAACAGAAAAAUAAAAUAAAGUAAAGUAAAGUAAAGUAAAGUAAAGUAAAGUAAAAUAAAAUAAAAAUAAAAAUAAAAAUAAAAAUUAAUAAUAAAAGUAAAAUAAAAGACGACAAGAAAAGUGCGGAGAGAACUCUCUCAAACUUUUUAAACGUAAACGCGAGACGCUGGUGAUAAUAAUAAUAAUAAUUAAUAACGACGAUAUAUAUAUAUAUAUAUCUAUUUAUAUAUAUACAUAUAUAUAUAUGCAAAUAUAUAUAUCUAUAUAUAUAUAUAUAUAUGAAUAUAUAUAUGUGUGUGUGCGUGCGUGCGUGUGUGUGUGUAUAGGAAAGUGAUGACGAACGAUUGAACACAAACGUGAGAACGAUCGCGGAUUUUAAGAAAAGAAUAAAUAAAAGAAGGAAGAAAUAAAAAGAAAAAGCAAGAAUGAAAAAGACAUUUUUCAAAAUCGCGAGCCGUCCUCGUGGUAGUGUCGUUCAAAUCUCACAUUUCUAAACGAAAGAAAGGUAGAAAGAGAGUUAGAGGAAGAUACGAGUCGAUCGAGCACAUAUCAACGAUGCGUCGUAUAACGCGUAUAAAACUAAUUAAAAAACACACGAAACGCUUUCGCGAAUUUCUUCAUUGAAUAAACGCUAAGCUACUCGGAGCUCGUAGAUUCGCGUUGUUCGUUUUGAAUGAAGAAGAGAGAAAGAGAAAGAGAGAGAGAGAAUAUAUUGUACACGUAAUUACCGAUCACAUACGAAUGCUCGAGUUAAUAAUCAAGAAGAGAAGUUAGAUAGAAACGAGAGAUAGAUAGAUGAGAGAACGUAAGAGUGUGAAAGAGAGAGAGAAAGAAAAAGAGAGAGAGAGAGAGAUAAUCGAAUCGAGCAACAAAAUAUCUUAGAUAGAUAGAAAGAGAGAGAGGGAGAGAGAAAAGGAGAAGAAGACGUAUUUCUAAAGACUGCAUGAGAGUGCGUGCGUGAGUGCAUGCCUUCCUAGAGAGGUACCCAUCUCCUAAUUAUCGAACGAGGGGUUUAAUUAGCUAAUUGUUUUAAGGUGCAGAGAGACACGGCGACGUGUCUCGUGCGCUUCUGCGUGCGCAACACGAAAACGCGCCAAUUUUCGAGUAUUAUUAACGAUUACUAAUAUUAUAAUUAUAUAUAUAUAUUUGUAUUAUAUAUAUAUAUUAUUAUAAUUAUUAUAAUUAUAAUUAUAAUUAUUAUAAUUAUUAUUACUAUUAUUAUUAUUAUUAUUAUUAUUAUUAUUAUUAUUAUUAUUAUUAUUAUUAUUAUUAUUAUUAUUAUUAUUAUUUCGCAGGCGUCAGUGAUAGCAAAGCUGGUCAGUUUGCUGAAAAAAAAAACAGAUUCAGAGAGAGAGAGAGAGAGAGAGAGAUUGAGACAGAGAGUAGAAGGGAGAGAGAGAGAGAGAGAGAAAUUUUGUCGAGUCGUGUCGCUUCGUCCGUGUUUCUUAUUAUUUCUUUCUUUUUUCUCUUAUCAUCUUAUCGAUAAGAUCUUUAGUCGAUAAAGAAUUUUUGAUCUGACCUUCUUCUCCAUUUUUCUUCUUUUUUCUUUCCUUUUUUGUUUCUUUUUUUCUUUCUUUCUUUAUUCUUUCUUCUUCUUUUAGUCACGACCGAAGGAGAAAGGAAGAGAGGGGGAGGGCUGUAUAGAAAAAUAUGACGAGCCACGACUCGAGUAAUGUAUUAUAACAAGAGAGACAGACAGACAGAAAAAGAGAGAGAAAGAGGGAGAGAGAGAGAAUAUGUAUGUGUGCAUGUGUGAAAGUGAGAGCACCUAGAGAAAAUUAACGUGAGAGAAAAGUAACGAUAAGUUAAAUACGGUAAGAGAGGGAGAAAGAAAGAGAGAGAGAGAGAAGCUGCUGGAAAAAAAUGGACCGAACGUAAAACGAAAUCUCGAAAGGAUCGUAUUGCGAGGAUAAAAAUGAGUAUGUGUGUGCGUGCAUGCGCGUGUAUAUGCGAGAGAGUAUAUAACAAAGAAAGAAAGAGAGAGAAAGAGAGAGAGAGAGAGAGAGAGAGAGACAAGCAGAGAAUCGAUUCUCCUGGCAUCUUAAAAAAAAAAAUCAUAACGCAUUAUUUAUAUAUAAAUAACUUAGUUAAUACCGAAAGCAAGUAAGUCUAAUCCAUAUUGCGUGUGUCCCGCGUUUCGCAUCGGUCGUCCGAAGAAGAAGAAGAAAAAGAAGAAGAAAAAGAAGAGAUAGAAGAAGAAGAAAACGAAGAAGAAGAAGAAAAAAAAAAAAGACGAAGAAGAAAAGGAAGAAGAAGAAGAAAAAGAAGUUGAUGGUGACGAUGAAAAUGAAGAUGAAGAAAAAAAAAAGAAUUUGAAAAGAACAUUACACGGUGAAAUAUUUCUCGUGCGUUUUUAGAGAGAUGAAAAUAAAUAACGUAAACGUAAAUUAAAUGAGCAAAAGUUGCGCGCGUUCAAACGAAAAAAAGGACGAGUGACACACGAAAUUAACCGAUAAGGGAUUGGUUAGGGUGGGAUUCGGGGUGGGUCGCUGGGGGAAGGGGGAGGGAAGGGGUUAAAGAGAUGAAUUUUAACAGGUAAAAAAAAGAUUUAAGAAAAUAAAAAAAAGGAAGAGGAAGAAAAGAAAGAAAGAAAGAAAGAAAAAAUAGAAAACGCACGAAGAAAUAUUUCGUCGGAGAAGGACGAAUCCCAACAUAUUUAAGAUCCAUGUACAAAGUCUUUUGCCGUAAGAUUCUUGUGUUGUAAAGUUCACAUAAUCAUAGUGUCUAGAUCGUAAUUGGCUAAAGCCCCGUUAAGACGAUGCUACACGUAGAGAACCACCGAUUAGCUGAUCCGUACUUUGCCAUCGUCAUUAAGACGAUUGAUUGGCAAGUAGAAGGAGGAGGAGAAAGUUAAGGAGGUAAAGUGACGAGAUAAUAGAAAAGAAACGACAAUUUUGUUGUGGUAAGAAAAUCAUUCGAACGAAGUUAUUCUCGAUCGUGGAAAAUAUUCUCCUGUGAUUUUCGAAAAUCAAAAUCUUAAUAAAGGAUAUAAUAAAAUUUGAGAAAGAGAGAGAGAGAGAGAGAGAGAGAAAGUGCAAGAUAAAUUUCGCAAGCAUUUUUAAAUCUGUAAAUAUCUCUUUUCGUAUUCAUUAACUAUUAUCUAAAUAAUUCAUUAAAGAGUUUUUCAAACUACAGCGAUCAUAAAUAAUUUACUUAAUCUAACAUUUUUCUAAGCUAAGAGAAUGAAUUUAAAUGUAAUCGAAAUUGUUUCGAUCCACGAUCGACGCUAAAAUCGUAAUGAAUUUUUUACAAGGAAAUAAGUAAGAAAUGAUUAAAAAAAAAUAAUAAUAAUAAUAAAAAAGAAAAAAACGGAUUAGAAAAUGCGAAUAGAUUAUUUCGGAUAGAGAGAGAGAGAGAGAGAGAGAGAGAGAAAUAGGGGGGAUGGAAGAGAAUGGAAUUAAAACUAUCGCUACUUUGCCAAUCACGACGACGGGAUCAGCAAAUCCAGCGAUUUUUCGCGAGCGGAACUUAUACAAUCUAGUAUCGAGGCAAGAAGUGUAUUCAUUGUAAUUCAGCAUUAUUACCUAUAAAUAAAUAGUUGUUAUUCUA